AUGGUAAAAGACGCGAGCUCUUCGAGUAUUAAGAAAAAACGCAAAGCUACAAAUGCAGAGGCAGAUUCGGAGAUCGACAUAUAUAAGAAAGUUAUAGAAUUCGAGGAUAAGGAAUCUACUAACAGACAGGGUUCAAUAGAUGCAAACUUAUAUUUCGAAUUAUGCCAAGACAUCAGAAAUCUCUUAACAGAAGUGUUUGAAUUAAAGCAAACUGAUCCGUCCUCAAAGAAGCUUAGAGACAUUCAAACAGAAAUUUUUAUCAAAAUGUGCUUCAUAAAAAAGCUAAACAGAACUGAUAAGAUUAGACAUGUAUUUGGUAAAGAAACUCUAGCCACAGAGAAACAGAAAUGCGAUAGUAUUAAGUUGAACUACCAAAAUUUAGUUUAUGAAUUACAUCAUUUGGUUACAGAGACCAGCAAAUGCCUAGCAUUCAAAUCAAAAGAUGAAGAUAUAGAGCUGGUACCAUUUGAAGAAUUUAUGAAAGAAGCCCCUGAAUCUUUAACCAAAAAAUUUUUGGACUAUGAUGCAAAUGAUAGGGUGCAAAAACACAGUUUACGUCUUGCCAGAUUGGAAUGGGAACUAACACAGCGUAAAAACUUAGCUCAUUUAUGUAAAUCUCUAGUUGAAGAACAGAAAAAAUUAGGACAAGAUCUUGUUGAAAGAAAAGAUAAGUUAAACGCGCUUCGCCCCCUUCUCAUGAAUAUUAUCAACUCUACAAAGCCUCUACAAGAGCACUUGGACAUAUCUCUAAAAGAAAUGAGAGUCGAGCACAAAUUGGCUUAUCUUUUACCAGAUCCACUAUAUAUUUUUUACGUCAAUGUCGUUUCAUAUAAAAACGUGAAUGACCUAAAUCUUGAAGUAGAAAUAAUUGGAGAUCAAGAUGAUGCUGUCCAAUGGAAAGAGUCUGCCCAAGAAGGACAUUUCUUGAAAGACGACGAAUCAGAUGAACAAGACCAAGAGGUCGCGGAAGUUGAGGAGGUCGUAGAAGUAAAGAAACGUCGCCAUAGGAAGUCGAUACAACAAGUGGAUCCGAUGGAAGAGAAAAAAAAUAAAUUGUUAGAAAUUCAUCCGUUAAAAGUUGAAAUUACAGCCUCAUUGCCCGACGGUCCUUCACUAACGAUAAUUUUUUCCUACCAGACGAGACUCAAAAUCAUUACAGUCACGUCGAAUGCCACUCUACCUACGAAAAUGACAGGAAACUGUGCCAAAGACGUAUUGAUGGGUGAUAACAUUCUAUGCGAGCUAAUAGAUGGCGAUACAGGAUUCGAAAGCCCCAAUCCGAUCACUAAAUAUCAAAUAAAGAAAGUCGGCGUAACCAGUUUCCAAUCUUUAAUACCACAUAUCGGCUACGCCUAUCACUGGGCUCAGAAAAUCUGCGGAAUGGACUUUUUAAGCAAACAGAUGAAUUGUGAUGAAGUGGGAAGUACAAACGUUGAAAAUGUUAUGAAGAUUUUGUUCAAGAGAUUGGAAUCAAGAACAGAUUUGGCCAACCAGCUACAGCUGCUUGAACAAAAUAUACUACCCAAAUUACCAAAAUCAGCAGAAUGUCCCCCAACUUCGGCGUGUUCUAUGACCAAAUGGAGCUGUAUAACUUACCAGAAAUAUUGUCAAAAAGAGUUUACAAGGGCUUUUGUCGAAGAAGACUUGGUGUGCCCUAAUGACCUCUUUUAUUCACUACUUCUCACCAGAGCAAACGCCUCUCUUGAAGCUCUGAUCGUUAUUAAAAAUAACUAUCCGCAAAGUUUGCCACUAUUUUCUUUAUGUAUGAAGUUUAAUGGAGUUCACUUUGCUGAAAACAAUGAUGAAGUGAGGGAUAUGGAGAGGCUUCUUAAUGUAGAAAUAAGUGAAAAGAUUUCUUCAGUUCUGACUGUCCAAAUAGCUCGUUUGAGAUCAUAUUUUGAUGUUUAUUUGGAGACUACAGAUUCUAAGGCCUUUCCACAGACCAUGACCUUUAUUAGACCCACAUGUGCAAGAAAUAGAAAGAGGCCCUUCAAAUUCAGAAACAUGGGAAAUGGAAUCUUUACUCAAUAUUGA